AUGUGGUUUAUGAUGUUUUGCCAGGGAACCUUCGAGGGGAUCAUCAACAUAGCUGGCCAAGAAAUCAUCUUACUGCUUUGGGGAGAGAAGUCCGCCGGUCCUAUGCAUCUUCUCCAUUUCGGGUUUGGAAUGGGAUCUUUUAUCAACCCUCUUAUUGCCCAGCCGUUUUUGGCUACGGAGAUCCCGACAAACGUCACAGAUUUGGGCCACACUUCGUCAUUCAACACAAGUAAUGUGACAACAGUGGAAACUUUAGUCGGAUCACGUAUAGAAUAUGCGUAUCUCAUUGCAGCUCUGGUUUCUGCGUCAUUCUCGUCCACGUUUUUCUGGUUCCAGUACAAGGGUGUUCCCCACGGAGGGUACGUCGAGGAUCACUCUGGACCAAAACAGUGCACCAAACCGGUUAAAACUGGAUGUAAGCAGUAUGUUAGCCUGAUUGAUCCGGCUACUUGUGCUGACGGCAAGCGAUUGGCGGGCUUUUCCAUCUUUGCGUUGCUCUUUAUCUAUUUUUUCCAGGCCGUCGGCGGAGAAAGGAUUUACAGCAAGUUUAUCCGAAACUUCGCCCUGGACCAGUUGCACUUUAGCAGCAGCGAGGCUACCUACCUCAACUCCAGCUUCUGGAUCAGCUUCAGUAUCGGACGGUUUCUUGGCUUCGUCGUUGCCAUAUGGGUACCUAUCCGCAUUCUGAUCAUGGUCGAAUGUUUUUCUGGUUUGGGUUUCGCUAUUUUGUUGAAUGUUCUUGGACACAACAGCAAACUGGCUGUAUGGGUCCUCACGCAGCCGAUGGCGCUGUUCAUCGCGCCACUUUUCCCCAGCGGGGUGGCCUGGAGCGAUCAUUACCUGAAAAUGUCAGGCAUAGGUAUCACCAUCCUCAUCGCUGGGGGCUCCAUAGGAGGUGCCGCCUACAUCUGGAUUCUUGGCUUCGUCUAUCCCAACUACGGCCCCCAGACCUUUCUCUACAUAGUUGCAGUAUACUCAGCGGCUGCUUGUGUCAGCGUCUCCCUGAUGUCCUUUGCCGGAUGUCUUCACGGAGACAGGUUUCAGAAACAACGCAUGGAGAUGGAAAUGGAACCCGACAAAGACGACAAUAAAACUGUUACCUACAUAACCUCUGAGUCGCUAGAAGAUCUAAAGCCAUAG